GAUACCGAAGAACAGAUAGGGGUUAGAGAUGAGCGCCGCCGGGGAUUCGCCUCCGACGGCCGAGGGGGUCGCCGGCUACGGGACGGCGAGAGGCGACCGGCGGCGGAGGCACGCUUGAUCGUGGAUUGGGUGAGGAGCAUCCGGUGGGAAGGAAUGACGGCCGAUAUCUAGUGACGACGAGCCAUGUGAAGUCGUAAGCUUACGUCGUCGUUUCAGGGUGCAAACUGAUUGACAUACACGUGUGUCUCCGAGCCGCUCCCAGUCGCAGAGAGUGUAUAACCUCGCCGCCGAGCUUCCACCCAGUUCCCACAGCGAUCGGCCGGCGGCGGCGGCUGCUCCGAUACCCGCGACUGCGAAGCGCUGAGCCGCCUCAUCACUCCGAUCGACCGGCUUCCCUCUCCCUCUCUCUCUCUCUGCGUGCUUCUUCGAUCAGUUCGAAGUCAUUUUCUUCCUAUACGGACAAAAUUUUGGGGAAGAGCGAAAAUGUCUAGGUUGCGAGCGCUGUGGCAGGCCUCUCUAAACGCCACGAAGAGAGCUCUCACAUGGAAUGUUGAUGACUUGAUACCUCCAAGCGAGAAAAGCAUAUUUAAUUUCAACUCAAAGGAAGAGUUGAAAAGGUGGCAUCUCUACUCAGAUUCUGAAUAUGGGGGGCUAUCGUCUGCCUCUUUGGAGAUCAAUAAUGUUGGGAAUGGACUAAAGGGAAUUUUUUCUGGCCACCUCUCACUGGAUGUUGCGGAGGAUUCAAAAUGGAAUAUCAGAAGGGGUGGCUUUUGUGGAAUGCGGUCCAAGAAGUUUGAUGGCUUCAUCGAUUUGGAUGCAUAUGAUUCCAUAGCUCUAAAGCUUAAAGGAGAUGGUAGAUGCUACAUAUCCACUAUCUACACGGAGAAUUGGGUGAACUCACCUGGACAGCAUGAAGAUAAUUCAUGGCAGGCUUUUGUCUUUGUGCCGAAAGACAAUUGGUAUAUUGCAAAGAUUCCUCUUGCCCGAUAUUUGCCAACUUGGAGAGGGAAUGUCAUAGACGCAGAGUUGGAAAUGAAUCCAUCUCGAAUCCUUGGCAUGUCACUGUCUGUUAAUGCGGAAGGUGGAGUCCCCGGCGCGAAAUCUGGGCCCGGUGAUUUCAGAGUCGAACUCGAAUGGAUCAAGGCGCUGAGGACAGAGUGAGCAUCUGUACAUUACGUUGGCGGGAAUUAAGUCCAUUUUCCUAAAGUUUCGAUCGAGCUUGAUGGUGCGGUUUUCUAAUCUUUGCUAGCAAUUCAAAAUUUUGUUCCUUUUCAAUCGUGUGUUCUUGAGAAGCUUUGGAUAUGGCGAAAAGGCUCAGUUCUUUCUUUCUGCACCAGCACACCAUGUUUUCAUGUACGUUGAGUACGUUGGAGGAGUGUCAAAGAGCCUCUUCCAAGUCCCAACGGUGCACAACACAGAUAUUUCCUAGAUGCUUUUUGCUUGUUAGUUAUAAAAGAUUUAUGUUACUAUA